AUGGAAAUAAAUAACGACGUAAUUGAAGAGAAUCCUAAAAUAACUUCUGAAAAAAUUAACGAUAAAAGUUCCAAAUCAAGGAAGAAAAAGAAGAAAAAUAAAAAGUCUACCACCGAAUCAAAGGCGAAUACAAAUGAAAAAAAGGAUAACUUAGAUGAAAUAGUAGAAUUCAUAUUCAGCGAAAUCCCAUCAACUACUAAAAUAUGUUCUGUCCCAAAGUGUAAAACAUCAAGAGCUGUCAUGGAUUUCACCUGUCAAUAUUGCAAUAUGAAAUAUUGUAUGGCACAUCGGCAUCCUGAGGCGCAUUCGCCUAAAUGUGUCGAAAAGGCUAGAAAUGCUGCACAUUCCAACUUUAAACAAGAGUCAAUUCGUGUAAUAUCUCAGGAAAGAAGCAAUCCUGGAUCAAUAAAUGCAAAAGGUUUUAGUGCUGAUAAAAGUAAAGAAGAAUUAAAGAAACGAUAUAAAGAAAAAUUAGAUAAAGCGAGACGAAAUGAAAGGGGAGGCUUAUAA